GUGUUGCUUUCAACUUUUCGUUACGAAAUCACAAGCGAAUUUUUCUUUAAAUUAAAGACGUUGUAUUAAGUUUACAUAUAUAGCUUCGGAUUAUAACGCACAAUGAAACUUGAAUAAGGAAGGAAUUAUAUUAUGUGGACCUAUGAUGGAUUCUAAAACUCAAUUUAUAAUAAUACUUGCAUUAGUUAUUCGAAAUUUUCAGUGUAAAAUAACUGUACAUUCCGAUGACAAAGAUAACCAUAAACUAUUGUUACAAUGUAUAACGAAAAUUACUAAAUCAAAUUUCAUAUACGCUCCAACAAUUAGUAUCAAUGAAAAUAAUGAAAUAAAUAAUUUAACAAUACACGAGUACACUCACGAUUUCAUCGACCAGCUCAUACAUAUGACUUCUAAAUACAACAUGCCGACAAUAAUUAACAGUGAUGAAAUCAUAGAAUCAAUGUAUGUUCCAGAAAAACAUUUGCUAUCGAUACAGUAUAUAUUAAACUGUGAUACGUUAUUAAACGAAGAAUUCCGAAACAUUAAUGAGACAAUAAAAUAUUUGGUGAUUAUAUUUAAUACAUCAGAAGCGUGUGACUCAAUUCUUUUUAAUAAUGUUUCUCGUCAUAUUAGCAAAUAUGAGAUGACUUUCCUUAAACUGACAUAUGAUAAUAACUAUGAUAUACUAACUUUUAUACCAAAAUUAAACUCAACAGAUUGUAAAAUGCAAUUUAACAUAUCAUACACGUCUAUAGCUGAUUGUGCUUCUGAAGGAGAUCUCAUAAUAUUUCCUAACAAAGAAACUCAGAAUGAUGAUAUGAUGGGUUGUCCUUUUAGAGUGGGAAUGACAACAUACAUUCCGUUUUCUAAAAUCAAAGAUAUGGAUACAAUGCAACUAAUGGAUCCUAUAAAAUAUAAUGAUAUAAGAGGAUGUGACGUAGAACUCAUGAAAAUUAUGUCAGAGUACUUCAACUUUACAAUACAAUACUAUUUUAUUUUUGAUAAUGAAGCCAAAAGCGAAAUUUCUACAGAGUUUUUGAAAUUCCUCCUCAAUGGUACUCUAGAUGCUUGUGCUGGUGGACUGUUCAGAAUAUACGGCGAUAUCGUCGAUUACUCUGGCGUUUAUGGAAGACAAGCGUUCAUUUGGAUGUAUACCGUAAAAAGGAGCGCCAGAUCCUGGAAGAGCUUCGUCGGCAAUAUGAACGGCUUGUAUAUUUUUAUUGUGUUCUAUUUCUGCUUCUCAUUUAUAUGGUACUUACUACAUGCAUUUGAUAAGCAAGCUAUACCGAUUAGUAACAUCAUGUUGUACGGCUGGGGUGCCCUGAUUGGUACUUCUUCAUUAUAUAAAGCACAAAAUUUAAAACAUAGGAUAACAAAUAUCUUCUAUUUGAUAAUGUGCUUACAUCUUGUUGCUUAUGUUAACAUCCAGAUGUAUUCUUUUCUAACAAUUACCAGUCCACCCACUAUUUAUAAAACAAACGAAGAAAUGUACAAAUCAAAUCUAAUACCAUAUCUUGAUCCGAAAAGUAAAUAUUUUGUCCACGAUAAACAAUAUGAAACGUUCGCUAAUACUUCAGUGGAUUGUGAUUUCUUUACGGACUGUGAAAAUAAGAUUAUGGGACACAAUGGCGUCACUUUGACAGUAGAUGGAAGAUUCAUGUUGUUUCAAGCAAAAACUAUUGUGGAUGAUGAAGUUGGAGUAUUAAAGGUUUCUGAAAAUAUGCUGACUGUCUACCAUGAGAUAUUAUUUAGGAAAAAUGUUACUAUAACGAAGAAGUUCCAGAAGAUUAUGACUAGACUAGGGGAGGCUGGCAUAAUGGAGCGAUUGUAUCAUGAAGUUCUACCAGCAGCGCCGAUUGAUAUAGUAACGGAGAAAAUCCAAGGGAAAUUCGUGCUGAGACGUCCACCGAUACACCUCAUGAUCCCAGAUCAAGAGCCACUAUUCCGAAGACAAAAAGAUACAACACCUAUACCAAAUGAACUGUAUUUAAAAUUUCACGCGAGCCAAUACAUUCAAGACUAUGACCGACCUUUUAUUACUCCUGUUAAACCAAAAUACAAAGUGCCAAGCCUAAAUCACGGUAUACAACUAUUUAACCGUCAAAACAUACCGUUAAUGAAGAAAAUAAUAAUGGGAGAUGGGCCCAGGCGGCCGCAUCCUUAUCCUCUAGGUCUAGACGAGAGACCUGCGGAUUUACUACCCGUAUAUGAUUGGUACUGGUAUUACUCGUACGUCACUUAUUCUAGAACUAAACAUCCUUUGUUAGCUAUACCCACAAAAAAAAGUUUUUAUGUAUGA